ACUUUAAAUAGAAAAUGACGUUGUGUAUACAUGUUGCCAUGUUAACCAUAUCUUGGGAAACCACUAUUGGCAUUUAUAGAUUUGUCAACUUUCGAUUUUGGAAACUUUAUUUUGAAAUGGAACAUCAGGUUUUCAUCAAUAUAAAGGACAUCCAGACGUGUUACAAUACUAUUGUACAAAGACUGAAUUCUCUAAACGAAAAUACGAAAUCAACUUGUACACAAUGUCCAUUGCGUAUUGCUCGAAUAUCCAAAGCUGUUGCGGACUUGGAAACUAGAAUGGGGAAACUCAUUGCAUUAGCAGAUGACACAAAUAUUAAUGAAUCUGAAAUCACACCCCGAUUUGAUGAUAUUAAGGCACAACUAGACGACAUGCAUAUGUUCAUGAAUGUCUCAGACGCCAGCCAUGCAGCUAAAAAUGUCACUCGGAUCAUCAGGCAACAUAAAAAGUAUUAUAUUCCUGGUAGUGAAGUAACUUGGAGAACAUUGGCAGAUAAAUCACAAGAAAGAGCGUUACCUGGAACUGUCCGCUCACGAUUCAUCACUAUGGUUCUGUGUUUGGACAUUUCCGAGAGUAUGUCGAGCAACAAUGGAUGGGGUCAGACCUUGGAGUUUGUUAAUGAUUUCCUUGCCGAACUAAAAGAACUGAAAACAAACGAUGAAAGAUUGUUAGAUGAAUACAUUGCUGUGACAACAUUCGGGCACGAAACAAAGAUACAUAAGGCAUUGACGAAUAACUAUGACGACAUUAAGGAGCACAUACAGGGACUAACUUUAGGCGGACCAAGUCCACUUUAUGGCGGCUUAUUACUCAGUAUGGCGACAGCCCAUAUUGCUAAAAGAAGAUAUGUUCCAAGUGUAAACAGCCUAAAUUUAUCUCCGAGAAUAAUUGUCAUCACUGAUGGCUGUCCUACGGAUACAUUACUACAUGCAGGACCAGACAUUCAGGACGAAAGUAAAGUGGAACAGAACGAUAAUUCUGCUACCGCUCUGCUGUCAACAUUUGUACUGAUAUGUGUAGUGUUUACUGUUCAGAUGCGGAAUAACUCAAUUUUGCAGACCGUGUCUUAUAUAUCAGAAGCUGUUGAAGAAAUUGACAAGAGAGAUUUUGAAUUGUUUUUCAUCGGCGUUGGAAAAUGCAACAAAACUUUCAUACACAAAAUGUCAACGAUAAGCCAGUCAAAGAUGUAUUCGUACAAAGAUGGAAGGAGGCUUGCUCGCUAUGGGUUCUUUGAGUCACAUUUGGCUUCACAUGGACUUCAAUUGAAAUUGUCGUUAAAAACCAGUCUGUCAGUUUGGGAUGAGGACGAUAUACAAUUUAUCCGUGCUGACACACGGAGACGCUGCGAAAGGCCGUACGGGUCAUUGUUUCAGGAGAGUAAUGACGCUAGUCUGCUAUCACUAGGCUCCCGAGUACGUAGGGGACCGGCUUGGAAAGAUGGAUGCAUUGAUAAUAGUGGUCCUGGUACUGUCAUCGGUCAUUUUGAUGGGAAACUUUUGGUCACAUGGGAUUUGAAUGACCACACAAGCAGCUACAGAUACACCAGGGAUUGCUUUGAAGUGCAAGCAGUGGAUGAACCACGGGUACUCAAUCCUUUUGAGAGCAUGGCGACCGGUUGUAAAGUAAAACCAGGUCGAAAUUGCUUAUCACGGGACAUAGGUGACUCAAACAGAGGAAUUGUUCUGAGAGUGGAAACACCACAUGCUACAAUCCGGUGGGAUAAUGGGCAUAUAGGAAAACAUUGUUAUGGUGUGGACACAAAUACGGAAAUCGAGCUUGAGUAAAAACACCUGAUGGAAUAUAAUAGACGGUACCGCCUCGGUUGACAUCAAUUUCAAAUUAAUGGCAUUCUGGAUCGUACAGACUGCACCUUAAUUGGCGAAUGUUUUGUGUUUUGCCAAGAAGAUGCGAAUGUCAUCAAACAUUUGCACCACGCAAUAAAAAGAACAUGGACAAGCAGUUUAUGCUAUGAAUCUAUCGUAUUUUGUGUUAUUGUCAUGUUUAACUGAAUUAAUUAUUACAUGUAUUGUUUGUUCUGAUGAAACAUGUAUAUUAUUUUAUUGUUAUUUGAUGCUGUAACAUGGGAACUUGUUUGUUAUAAAUAUAUAGUAAAUUACAUGGCUACAUAGCUGAUAUCUCAAUUGUAUACACGGUUCCCCGUAAUCAGAAAUAAUUAACACACUGUGCUUUUUUAAUCGGUAUAUUAUUUUCAUCACUUUUAGUAAUGCUUGUUUUGCACUGAACAUGUCAACAACAAUCUUGAAGUCAAACUGAAUGAAUUAGAUGUUGUUGUUUUGUGCCUUAUUGGGUUGAGUUGAGUUGAGACAAUCAGUAGAGUAAGACACCAAAGGCAUUAUUAUAUAAAGAGCUUUUACGCUAUAAUUUUAAUAAUUGUACAUGUAGUGUUGUUUAAUCAUUGUUAAUGGUAUGUUGUCGUUUGAAUAGCAUUGUCUUUUUUACGGACUCUAAUUAGAGAUUCCUCUAGGUUCCAAUACUUCUCAAUAAUUUACAAAUAUAUAGGAAUAGCUCUUAUUUUAUCAUAUGUAUCAAGUGCUGAUGUAAAUGUUUUAGCAAACUUGCAUUGCAAUUGGUGCAUGUAGCCGAUGCUAAUUUAAAUAAGCGAAAACUAUUAGUUUAACCAAACAAAAUUCAAUAGUUUGUAUUAAAAAAACAACACUUCAAUAUUGAACAAUCAGUUAGAGUAGGCGUACAAAUUAGGCAAUGCUUGUUUAAACACUAGCCACCUAAAGGUUUGCUGGCAUUCAAAAUAAUGUUUCAUUCUAAUGGCGUUUAAAAAUCAAUAGAUUCAUAUAAACCGAGCAAAAUGUAAUUGAUAAACGAAUAUAUACGUAUACAAUAGAACGAUUUUUUACUUGUGGAGCAUAGUUUAUUGGAAUUGCGAUGCUGUGAUAAAGCAUUAAUUACAUGCUACAUUAAGAUGUAUACAUAGUGACACAUAGUGCAGUAUUGAUACCGGUUUACCGGUUUAACCGAACACAGUGCUAUUAACUGUCCGUGAAAAGGAUGUUACUUCAUUUAUUGUAUUCGCAUAAGUGGUUGCGUUGUGUUAGUUUCUUGUUUACCUAUUUGUAUUCUUUAGUUUGUUGUUUCGACAAUAAGCAUUUUGUAUAAAUGACCUUUUGAUUUUAUGGAUAGUUAUCUCAUACUGCUUAUUUAUGCAAUUACGUAAACGUUAUUGUUUAUAAAAUGAUUUUUGUUUAUUUUAGAUUUCAUAUAAAUAAAUUAUCAUACAUGA